AUGAAUCCCAACAAGAACCUCCCAUACCGCGAGCCAGCAACAGCGAAGAAGACAAAUCAAACGCUGCAAGACUUGGGCUUCACAAACCCACUAAGAGCAGUCAGCACCAACGCCAAAGAUGACGGCGAAAUCAUAUCAGCCAAAACACCAACUGACUCCAAUAUCGGCCACGCGAAAGGUUUCGGGGAAAGCAUCGCCGAGGCGAUGUCAACCGCCAUGCAGCUCCCCAUAGCAACUGCCAACUACCAGUUGAGGCAGGAAGUCAAGCGCUCGGCAUCCAGUGAGCUCCUAAAGAUUGACGAUCUCAACAUCUACCAAAGCGCAUGCGCCGCGUAUAAACUAGGAUUGGAAAGAGGUUGGAGCAAGGAGAGAUUACUGGAGUCGGUCGAGGAGUGGAAGGUGUUUGAGGCAAACUCGAGGCGGAAGUAA